AUGUCUUGCCUCAUCGAAGUCCUGCACUGCAGUCAGGGGGUCAUUAUAUUUCGCUGUAGAAAAACACUUGUUUAGAGAGAAAAGUUAUGAUUCAAAUGAGAAAAUUCAAGACCCUUAUAACUCGCCAGGGCAGUGGUAAUAAAGAUGACAAAAGUCCAACUGAUGAAGUGGCCAGGACACCUAGUCCUGUGGAACCCAUUCGUUAUAAGAGUGAACAGAGAGAGUUUGCCAAUGAUCCUGCUGCUGAAGCAGAGAUUAUUGAUAGCAUUGAGAAGGAGUACUUUAAUGAUGAAGACUUUGAUGGUAGUGAGUUUGAACUCCUCAAGGUGCCAGAGUUGGAAAAGAUUGAAUUGAGCAAACUCACUGCUGAUAGAGACCGACUCAGGAGACAGCGUCAGGCGGUUUCAAAGAAGGUGUCUGAUGUCGUGCUUGAGAAUCAGUCGUCAUAUAGCAGGGAACUACAACGAGUGACUGAACAACUGGCCAUGGCUAAACAAGGUUUCACAGUGGCUAGCUUGAGUAUUCUUGCCAACUUCAGGAGAAGACAACAACUCCUUAGCUUGAUGAAGAGCUUACACACAAUCAAAACACUGCAACAAACAGAUGUUAGGUUACGGGAAAUGUUAGAGGAGGAAGAUUACCCAGGAGCCAUUCAACUCUGCUUGGAAUGUCAGAAGGCUGCCAGUACAUUUAGGCAUUACAAAUGUAUCAGUGAGCUGAGUUCCAAGCUUCAGGAUACAUUAGAAAUGAUCGAGGAGCAACUUGACCAAGCCUUAGCCAAGACCUGUAUGAACUUUGAUGUCAAACACUAUGAGAAAGUUCAAACAGCCUACACACUCUUGGGCAAGACACAGACAGCCAUGGAUCAGUUACACAUGCACUUCACCAGUGCAAUUCAUAACUCUGCUUUCACCAUCGUUGUGGGCUACGUAGAGCUCAUGAGUGGGUCAGAAGAUACCAACUUCCAGAAGAUGCAGUACAAAGACCUCUGUAGUCAUGUCACCACAGACACCUACAUUCCAUGCUUGGUGGACCUCUGCAAGGCAUUAUGGGAAGUGAUGAAAAGUUACUACAAGACAAUCGAGUGGCAUGAAGCAAAUGAGGAUCCAAUCAGCCCAAUAGCAAAGGAGCAAAUAGAGGAAGCUGUUGGGACUGAUAUGGAGGCUUCAUUCAAUCGUCGUUACAUCAAGACUAAAUUAGGACAUGGUCUGACUAGAAUCUGGCAGGAUGUACAGCAAAAGGUCAAGAUAUUUCUCCUUGGAACUGAUUUGUCCAAUUUCAAAUAUGAUGAUUUCAUCCAUGUCUUAGAUCUUGUUAAUAGACUUAUUCGCGUUGGUGAGGAGUUUUGCGGCAGUAAAUCAGAGAGUCUUCAUGAUUCUGUGAGACAACAGAGUCUAAACUACUUCAAGAACUACCACAGGUCUCGUCUGGAUGAACUCCAAAUGUUCCUGGAGAACGAAGGUUGGGAACUCUGCCCUGUCAAGCCCAAUUUCACCAUCACCAAUUUGCAUGAGUUUCGCUUUGUUCGGCUGACAGGCCUGACUCCAAGCACUGACCGCAGUAACCCGUCCAGUCCUUCCAUUCAGAGUCAGGCUAAGGAUAGUUUCUUCAAUCGAUUUGGGGAUCAUGGGAGUCCAUUUGACCGACGAAUGGAUGAGGAAGAAGGGGAAGAAGUGAUUGGAACAAAUGGGGUUGAAGAUAUUGAUGAUGAGUCCCAUGGUAAUGAGGACUCAGAUGAUAGUGAUGUACCUGAUGAACUCAAACAAGAUUUCAUUGAUGAAUUGACUGAAGAGAAGCCCAUGAAAAGUGUUAAGAAGAGGAGAUCCGUCACAAAAGGUCCUGUGCCAAUUCUAGCCAACACAACACUUAACGUUCUACGACUCUUUGGCAAAUACAUGCAGAUGAUGACAGUUCUUAAGCCUAUAGCCUUUGAUGUUGUUCUGUGCAUGUCACAACUCUUUGACUACUACCUAUUUGCUGUGUACACCUUCUUUGCUACAGACAUGGAACGGAUAGGUUUCCCUCAUGUGUCCCCCAUUGUAGAGUUGACUGGUGUUGAGCAGCUCCAUGGAUUAGCAGAGAGGAUUGUAGGAACAGACUCACUAGUUUUCUUAGCAGAACAGUUUCAGCUUCUUCAGCCCCAUCUUGAGUCUGUCAUUCCAUCAUCCAAGAAACCAUUCCUGCAACAGUUUUAUUCACAGACCGUGAGUGUAGCCAGUGAGUUACGUCGUCCUGUGUACCGCGGUGUAGCCUCCCGUUGUAUUUUCUUUGAGAGAAUACUACAACUCAUGUCUACAGUCAAGUGGGACAUCAAAGAAAUCAUGUCACAGCACAGCACUUAUGUAGAUAUACUCCUACAGGAUUUUGUGAUAUUUAGUGCACGACUAGAUGAAGUGGGAAAACGUGUCUCCAUUCCAGUUCCAGUCUACAAUAUCUUGUGGGGUCAUCUUGUGCGGUUAGCCAACCGCACAUUUGUGGAGGGGUUUGCCAGUGCUAAGAAAUGCAGCAAUGAGGGACGUGCAUUGAUGCAGCUGGACUUCCAACAGUUCCUCCUUAAAUUGGAGAAACUCACCGAAGUUAGACCUAUUCCUGACAAGGAGUUUGUUGAAACCUACGUUAAAGCAUAUUACCUUUCUGAAGCCGACAUGGAACAGUGGAUUAAAGACCAUCGGGAAUACUCAAUUAAGCAACUUCUCAGCCUUGUGAACUGUGCAGUCAGCUCCAAGAAAGCACGCCAACGAUUGACAGGAGUUGUUGAAGAACUGGAGAGAACAAGGGCAAGGUGAAAGGUCAAAGGGCAGAAUUGUGCAGUACAAGUCAAGUUUGAAAUGUCUGACUUUUGGGUAUAGAGGGGUCAAAGUGUGCUGGUAAAUUUGGGGAAAGUGGUAAUUCAUCAUGUGUGCAGCGGAAGGGGAUUCAGGCAUAUUUUUCCACAGAAGUCUUUUUGUAUGUCACUUUCCACUAAAUCACGUGACUUAUAGUGGGUAUCAACCCCAUAGCAACCAGUGUUUUUAGUGUUGUUAACAAAGAAUACAGCAACGUUACGGGAUGGCACCCACUACAUCAAUAGUCCGAGUACAGUGCUUACAGUCGGCUUUAUUUCUGGAAAAUGUUACUUGUAACACACUUUGCUUUGAGUGGACGCCGUGUUUGCUACUAUACAUGUAGGUCACGUGACGUAGCUGGCGCAAUUGAUGUAUUGGAUGUGUUUACAUGGAGUACAGCUUGAAUCCACAUCUUAACAGUGUCGAGUUCCAACAUUGGAGACUUUAACAGUAGACGUCACACAAAAAGGUUUUUGUAUACACAGAACAUACAUGAAAAAAGGAGGAAGACAGUGAAAGGAUGUUAAAGGAUGCAGGCCAAAAUGGCCGAAAAAAGAGAGGGAGCACUUUGACCCCUCCUGCCCCCACACACACACACAUGAAAGCCAUCCCAAAUGUAGAAGCACAAUUCAACCAGUAUUAUGCUUAGAAAUGACAUAUAUGGAAACCCUGGUAUUGUUUGAUGCAGAUUCAGUCUUUGUACAAAACACAGAUUUGACUGGAUCACAGAAGUCAUCUUCAUGUACAUUUAUACUGACAAGUUCCCAUAAACAGGUCUUGUACUGUAGAUUUAAGUUACUAGCAUGAUGUGUACAGAUAUGGUAUUGUGAUCCCAUGUGAACUUGUGAACUUCUGUUUUCAUUGUAGCACUACUGACCAGUAUCACUGUAGUCUAAAAAUGGUACAUAUUUCUACUAGUCCUCUUGCAGUCCAAACAUUUAAUCACUUGUUUCCCUUUUGGGUAACAAGUUACGAGUCGGCCUUUUGUAAUGUUUUAUAUGUUGUUUUAAUAGUGCAUAAACACAGCACUAUGGAAGAUAAGACUGUAUCAUGUUCAUGAUGUAAUUUGUUUGGAUAUUUUCUGUGCCAUAAGCUUUCCUUUAUAUGUAAUUAAACAUUUUUAGAGGAUUUGAAAAUCA